AUGGAUGCCAACGGUCCUAACACUGAUACUAACUAUAACGUGAGUUUUUAUCAUGGUAAAUCCUCGAAAUUAUUAAUAAUGUGCGGAAAUUGUUAUCAAGCCAAAGAACGAGAAUAUUUGAAUAAUUAUGAGCAAAGACCAAAAUGGCAAAGCAUUAAAACAAAAAAGUUGCCCUCAUUGUCAACCCUGAAAGAAGUGGCCAAUUGUGGUAAGGAAAUGGGAGACACUGAGUAUUUUGGAAACGAUGGGAAAUUUCUUUGUUCUAUGGAGUGCGUAAAUAUUCACAACAAGAAGGAUACACCAAAACCUACUAAAAUUUGCUCGGUUUGCGGGAAGGGUAUUUCUAACCGGCAAAUUUUAGGCUGGAAUGAUGAAGAAUAUUGUUCUCGGGAGUGUUUAGAAAAAGGAAUACCACAAAAAGAUAAGCCUCAACAACAAAAACCAUUAAAAAAUAAUAAUAAAGAUAAUAAAGUUAAAGAAGCAGCAAGUUAUGGUUCUAAUGCGUUAAUGAUUUAUUUAGGAGCACCACAAAAUGCUCGUCGUCGGUCCGUAACCGAAUUGAAAAUACCUGAGUUUCAAAGGGCUUUGAUUGAGUACGAUGUAGAUAUUGCUAAUGUGAUAGUCCAUGGUCCUUAUGUAGUGAAUUUGGCUAAUGCCUUCCGGGAGGAAAUUUUUGACUGGUCGGCCGGGUUUCUCCAAAAAGAAUUCGCUUGCAUGGAAAGAAUUGGCUUAAAAACUAUUGUGCUUCAUCCCGGCAGUGCGGUCGACACACCAACUAACGAGGCUUUAUCUCAAGUAGCCAAAGGAAUUAAUUUAGUGCUGGAAGAGAGUUCUACCAUCCGUAUUGCCUUGGAAACCAUGUGUGGUCGGGGCAGUGAAUAG